AUGUCCUCAGACCAGCUCAAUAGCUGGUUAUGUGCAACCACUGACAUCCAACCUGCUGAUGGUCUGCCAUGUGGAUUCCCUGAGGCUACUACUAUGUGUCAACCUCCAUCAGGAUUCAUGAUGUCUGUGGCCCUUAAUAAGGAGAAUAAAGGGAGGCUUGCAAAGGUUCACAACCAUCUCACUGCUUAUGACACCUUCAACUCUGAUGCCAAGGAUGGAGGUCCUGAAGACUUCAACCUUGACAAAAGGAUGGACAAUACUGACUUGGAAGACCUGGACAGUGAUGCUGAACAGCACAGACCUCAAGCUGACAUUGCUGAGCUUGUUGUGCAGAAAGCAUACACUGAAUGCUGCAAGGAACUGUGCCAGACAAGGAAGGCUCUCUUCAAUGCCAAUAGCCAGCAUUCCAAGUGGUCCAGGAACACUCCUAGCAAGCCAAAUAGCCUCAUGACUUGUGUUGAGCAAGAAGCAAAGAAAUACCUCCUACUGUACCAUUUUUUCAUUAUUCAAAGCCUUUUCCCAGCAGCUCUGAAUCCCAAUACUGAUCAACAUGAUCCAGCAUGGUGGAAAUCACAGGAUGGGAAGCUCAAGGGCACUCUGACUGAGCUUUACAAGAUGAUUCCUGCAGAUUUACAUGAGUCGAUGGUAACCUACAAGCAAUUUGGCUCUGUGGUACAUGCACACAGUCAGGAGAGAUCCAAUGUCCUCAAAGUCAUCAAGGACUGUGCUGGUGCUGUAGGGAAUAUUUCGCUUUUUUGGUUGCUUAGUCAGCAGUAG